AUGUCCAGCGAAGAAGUAGAGUUGAGACGACAGAUCUAUUGGGCCCUGUACUGUGACGACAAACUUGCUGCCAUAUACACGGGCCGAGUCUGCAGUCUUUUGGAGCAGCAAACAACUCAUGCGACAUACGCCCCAAAACCGCUCUACAAAGGCCCCCAAAGGAUAUCCUUCCUCCAAUCCUGCACCCUCGAGCUCAAAACCUGGUUCUACGAGCUCCCCGCUGACCUCCGCAUCGACAAACACAACGACCUGCCCCAAGUCUACACCCUCCACAUGGUCUAUCACACCUGCUGCAUCCUCCUCUUCAAGCCCUUCCUCCUCAAAUCCAAAGACACGCCCCCGGCCCUCAAAACAGACACGGCCAAACGCGCAGAGGUCCUCUGCAUCGAGUCGGCCAAACGUAUCUGCCACGCCGGCAAAAAGUACCGCCAGGUCUUUGGCUCGUUCCGGCGGAGCCCCAUCACCGCGACACACUGCACGCUUACCGCGGCGCUGGUGCUCAUCCAGUACGCGAGUCCCGAUCCCGAGUUUGCGAAUACGGGGAGGCCGUGUUGUACCAUCUAUAUCGAAGCCUGUCUCGAGGUCCUGGCGGAGCUGGGCAUCUCCUGGCGUCCCGCCGCCAAGAUGCGGUCCGACCUCAUCAAAUACCUAUACCAAAAAUACCCAGAGCGGAUGCCAAACUCCAUCAUGCAGCAGCAAGACGCUCGCAGGGACCCCGACCCGGAACCGGAUUUGACGGCGUCGGCGGUGGUGGUCGAAAGGGGUAUGGACGGCGCGUCAACAUCAAGUAAUACGCAUCAACCACAGCCGACGCUGGAGCAGAGCCUGUGUCCCUUGAUCAACAUGAUUGACCAAGACUUUGCGUGGGAUGACUCUGGCGCGGCGGACCAGGCACUCCAGGGGGCGCUGCUGAGUAACGGCGGAUCGGAGUCGGCCUUCAACACGCAAUUCGCUCUGGCGGAUUCUAUCGGUGAGCUUGGCGAGCAGAAUGGUCUGAGUUUCAUGGAUGAUAGCUUCUGGGCGGGGAUGAAUUUCGACAUGAAUCUUGAAGCGCAAAAUCCGUAA